AUGUCAGGGAAGAACGAUGAGCUAGCAAAAAGUGAACCAUAUAAUGGUACUUACUCACCAAAACCGAUUUUACCUUUGAAAAGAUCGAGAUUAGCUGGCGAUGACACUAACCCGAGCUUUGGCACACCUUUACAAACCAGGGUUGCGUCACCAUGUACCUUAAACCCUCCUAUUGACAACGAUGGAUUGUCGUGGCCAUCUAGAGGGGCUCGUUCUCGUAUCGAACAAACACAGGAAGAAGCCAAUUCUAGAGAAAUGAGGAUAGCUUCAGCCGUUAAGACUAUAUUGACUGAGUUAGGCGAAGAUGUGGAUAGAGAAGGAUUAUUGGAAACUCCAGAACGUUAUGCCCGUGCAAUGUUAUACUUUACAAAGGGGUAUGAAGAUAAUAUUAGAGAUGUUAUCAAGAGAGCAGUUUUUGAGGAGAAUCAUGAUGAGAUGGUUAUUGUAAGAGACAUUGAGAUAUACUCAUUAUGCGAGCAUCACUUAGUUCCGUUCUUUGGUAAGGCUCACAUUGCGUAUAUUCCAAAUAAGAGAGUCUUAGGAUUAUCCAAAUUGGCCCGUUUGGCAGAAAUGUAUGCCAGAAGAUUCCAAGUUCAAGAAAGAUUAACGAAACAAAUUGCGAUGGCAUUGGGCGAAAUCUUAAAACCAAGAGGAGUCGCUGUUGUUAUAGAAGCAACUCAUAUGUGUAUGGUUAGUAGAGGGGUCCAAAAGACUGGUUCUUCGACUACUACCAGUUGUAUGCUUGGGUGUUUCCGUGAUCAGCAAAAGACAAGAGAAGAAUUUUUGACUUUAUUAGGUAGACAUUAA